CAAACGACGACAACCACGCACAGUGGUAGAGGAAGCCUCUGGAAGUUUAUGGUAGUGCACUGUUAUUGAAAGGGAUAAGAAGGUUGUAAAGAACAUAGCUGCGAGCAGAGGUCAAGUCCUCCAGCUUGUCAUAGCUGUGUGGAAAGGAGUGAUGGAUAAAAAACCAUGUUCCGAAUUUUCUCUUUCCGAUGGUCUUUUUCGAUCUCCUGAUGGUCCCAUAGUUCGAAUCCAAGACACUGCCCACCGCGCGAUCACGCUCCAUCAACUCGAACGGCUGGUUGCCCAUGUCGAAGAACAGUUGUCUUCAGGACCAUGGCUACGAGACGACGGAUCUCUCAUUUCAUCCCUCCAUCAAGUGACACUCUAUGAUUUGAAUCAUCACCUGAUCUUGCCCACCACACGGCCAUUCAAGUGCAGUUUGGUAGAACUCUUGUCCGACACGAAAGGUCCUCAACCACCCGAUGUAUUCACAUCACACUAUUGGGGAGAACCAAUCAUACACCUUCUUCGUUGCCUUCAGCAACAUGCCAAAGAUCGGGGAUUGGCGUGUCAACCAGGAGAUGAGCAAUACGUAGAGGGACAAUCCUUGGGCAGAUCACCACGGUAUUGGAUCUGUGCUUAUGCGAACAAUCAACACAAUCUCGACGCCGAAUUGUCCAAUCAUGGAACAGAUUCGGUAGAACAAACGUCCUUUGUACGGGCCAUGCGACAGAGCCGAGGAACUGUGUUGGUCGUAGAUGACACUGCCACUUGCUUUUCCCGUCUAUGGUGUGUUUAUGAAAUUUAUUCGUCCUUGCUGGGAGGAUGUCGAUCCGAUAGUCAGUAUACCUUUGACUUCUAUACAGCCAUUGCAAAAGACAACAAGAUCACGGCCGUAGGCAUUAUGGAUGGAAUGGCGGCUGUGGAUUGCAAUGCGGAAAUGAAAUGGGAACGAGAGUCCCAAUUUCCCAUGGAACGGCUGCGGCAAGGAAUGAGCUUUGAUUGUCGCAAUGGGAGAGCCUCCCUAAGAGCCGAUGAAAUCAGGAUUCAUCAAGCCAUUGGAAACGGUCAACAAAAGACAAGACUGAACAAUACCGUCCAUGGAUUGGUCGCCGCCACGGUCUUGCGACGGGCUCUCGAAUCACCACGUCAAGGACGACAAGUCGCAUUGGAAGCUCUGCAACUGGGACGCAUUCGAAAGCUAUCUCUGUACAUGGAAGAUAGUUUCGCAGAUUCACACGACAACAUGAUACGAGUCAUAGACUCGUUGGAUGGUGACGCCUGCGAACUGCUCUAUCUGCAAAGCGACACGCUCGAGAUGCUGCCAUCCGAUUUUGGACGAUUUCAGCAGCUGAAACAACUCAGUUUCAUGGGAUGUCGUAGUUUGAAAUGUCUUCCAGAGAGCUUUGGUGAACUUUGCUCGCUCCAAGAACUCCAUUUGCAAUUCUGCACCAGUCUCACGGAAUUGCCCCACAAUUUUGGCAGCCUCUCUUCCUUGUCAUGGAUCAGUCUCGAUGGGUGUCCGAUUGAAACCUUGCCGGGAUCGUUUGGACAAUUGACCAGUCUGUCUCGUUUGUACCUCACCGACUGUGCUUGCCUCCAACAAUUGCCCGACAAUUUGCAUCAACUCAAAUACCUGAAGAUCCUCCAUCUCAACCGUUGCAUUCGUUUGGAACGGAUGCCAGAGUCUCUCCCUUGUUCGCUCCACACCUUGCAACUGGAACGUUGCCAAAGCCUGACGCGCUUGCCCGUACGAAUGCAAGAGUUGACAAGUCUACAAACGCUGAAUCUCUGGCAAUGCACUGGGCUGAUAGCUCUCCCGCAACUGACGCAAUCCAGUUUGACAACGAUUCAGACGGGAGGUCUGGAUCCACAACUUGUGGAGGGAUGGGAAGCGUCAGGAAGAAAGUAUUAUGCAUUGAAAUUGGAAAGAUAGGAGGUCCAUGUCGCCGGAGCGAAAGUGAGCAACUCGUUUGCUGAUGUCGACGCACGGGUCUCCCGCGAGGACGCGAAAAUAUACUCGUCGACAAUCGACAUCCACUUUUCCUAUGACCAUUCUGCAAACAAGCGUACCAGCACUUAGUUUAGAAACUCCAGUCUGCUUGGAUUUGAACGCCGUCACAUUUCUCCGGAUUGAUUUGAUGCUUUGCAAUCACCUGCCUACCGUACCCGUACCUACACAGAGCAUUCUCGAUCGUCGCUUACCAACCAGCAGAGUCAAAGGAUUCGAAGCCAGCAGCGACACUCCCUUGGACGUGAUCUUCUCGAAGACAGGUACUGGUACCUGGUACCGGUAGGAAAGACCGGAGACCUAAAUAUGGCCUAUCUGUGAAAUCCCCGCAGAAGUGGCAUGUAGCACCCUCGAACAUUCGUAAUCAUCUCCUCGGUUAGCCGCACUGAGGGCUUUGAUAAGACAGCAUUUAUUUGUACUGCAGCGAGGAUCGGAUCAUCGGGAGCCUGAAAGGCUUCGACGUUCUGGAUGGUGCCCUCAUCGGAUCGUGUAUACUUGUCUGCGUUUCUUGUUGCGCUUUCGAAUCGUGUGGUAGUUUGUGACCAGCUGCCAGCCUUCGUAGGCCUCUUCGGGCACGAAAAUUUGACGAUGUGGACUGUGGACUUUGGCUCGUGAGCUUGAGAAGUUUCUUUGAUCUCCAUCAUUCACUGCAUCUUCUACUCGGCUGUCGAGCCCCCUUCUCUCGGCCGUCACGACAGGGUACGUGCUCGAAGAGCCUCUGCCGGGGAUCGGGAUCCCCUGUUGGCAAGCUUUCCGGAACCGGCAAGGACCGAUAACACACACACAGUAUAGAUGGAGUUUGGUUUCAAAAGCAAAGUGGAUGGUCGCACACGAAAUACGAUGCCGGUACGUUGUAAGUGCAUGCUCCAGGGCUCGCACACAUGGCUAUGGCCAAAACAUCCGAUCAAACUACGUGCUCGUCGACAACAGUCGGCCGCCUCGUGACACUCCUUAUGCCCAUGCAUAUCAUGGCUCGGCAUUAACGGGUCAGGAUGACGACCCGGCAAGAGAUGGCGGGGUUACAAUAUGAUUGAUGGAGUCUGAAAGUUUUGACCGGUUUGGUAAAUCAGAGCUCGACUUUUCUUAUAUUCAUCCUUCCGUCAAAGAAGAAUUGGAACAGGCACAAUCGCAUCCGCACAAAAUAGGGGUACAGUCAAACCCAAGAUAACAGGGCUGAGUGUACCACACUGGCCCAUUGGUACAAGAGACGUUCUGCAAGAAGCAUAGCUCCGGUGGUAUUGUGCCAGACAAGCCAAGGUUGCCAGUUAGAUUCAAAGAAUCCAAGUUUGUCAAAAGGCCCAAUGCAGAUGGCACAGGUUCGGUCAACUGAUUUGCAUCCAAAUUCAAGACUGUCAAACCAAUCAGCUGACCAAACUCAGAAGGGACAGGUCCAGUGAACUGAUUUUCGAAGCACCAAAAUUGUGACAGUUCAGAGAGUCUUCCAAGCUCUGAUGGAAGGGGUCCGGUGAACUGAUAUAUGGUAAAUUCCAAGUGAGACAUUUUAGUGAGACUUCCAAGUUCCGAAGGAAUUCACCCAGUGAACUGGUUUCCCCAAAUGCCAACUCAUGUAAGCCAGUUAGCUGUCCAAGCUCUGAAGGAAUCUGGCCUGAUAACUGAUGUUCCAACAACCACAACAUUUCCAAAACAAUAAGCUGUCCAAGCACACUUGGGAGUUGCCCAGUCAUGUGUCCGUCAGACAAUACCAGAGCAGCCAAAUCAGUCAUCUCAUACAAUCCUGCAGGGAAGAGAGAUGAAAUUGAUGUCUCAAUCUCAUUGAAAGUAAGCUCAAGGUGUGACAAGGCAGUCAACAUGGUGAUCUCUGGUGGAAUAGAAGGUGUCAAACCAGAAAGCUGGAGGUCUUCCAACCAAAGAGAGGUAAAUUUGCCAUGAUUGUUGCAGGGAAAUGAAGCGCUGACACGUGGAAAUUCCCAGAAUUUUCCUUCAUAGAAGAAUCCAAAUCCACUGGAGAACCAGUUGCACUCCUCCACUGUGUCAUCCAUCCACCCCAACGCCUUUAUCAGAGCGUUCCAAUUUUCUCCCUCAACGGCAUAGUAGAAUGUAGCAAGAGCAAACAAUUGUUCCUUUCUCCAUUCUGAAAGAAAUGUGAUGUUUUGAUGAUUCACAAGCCAAUUCCAUGCUCUCCACUGAGGUGUUUCACUGCCACUGUUGAGCCUAGCCAAUGUUUGACGGGGUAGAUUAUCUAACAGCAGGCCCAGUGGGGGCUGAUGAUGGUGCUUCGGAAGGCUCUAUGGAGCCAUAAACAGUUGGUGUCUCUGUUGACCCCAAGACAACAACAUCGGGCUCUCUGUUCUGAUGUUUUCCAGUGACUGUGCCAACCACAAUGGCUGCCACAAUGACCAG